AUGAGUGACACUCAUUCUUCUCCAGAUAAUUAUCAUAUUUAUCUUGGCAUUUAUCCACGUUCGCAACAAGCCUAUCGGCGUAUCCAACGAAUUACAAGGGGGCCCUAUGAUCAUUCUUCUGGUAGACCACAUCCCUCAUCAGUUGAUCAUCCGUCCUCUCUGGCACGUCUACGUAAUAAUGAACCAUACGUUUCAAGGCAUGAUCAAGGCACAAUUACUCCAAUGAAUUAUCAAUCUGUGGGGUCUACAGGUUUUCCCACUGUUAAUCCGAUCGGACCUAUAAUAAUUAACGUGAGUGGUAGGGAUUUGGUGGAUAGCCUCUUAAGGACAAACGUAGCAGAUUUGGAUGAUGAUUUUGACUUUGAAUCUUUGUAUGAUACUGAUCUUGAGAAUGACAUGGAUUAUCCAGAUUUAAAUGAGGAGGAUGUUGUAUUGGGUUAUGUUAAAACAAGAACUACUGCGCCUAAAGACGGAGUAAAUAAUCGCACAAAAACUGAAGAAGUUGCUCAUAAAGAAUCUGCAGAGAUUUGUCCCAUUUGUCAUGUGGAAUUUGAGCAUGAACAAACUAUUGGAACACUUCGGUGCGGACACGAAUAUCAUAGCAACUGCAUCAAACAGUGGUUGUUGAGGAAGAAAGAUUGUCCCAUGUGCCGAGCUUCUGUUUUGCCCUUUACAUCAACUUGA